AUGCCGCAUUCUGUUGGAGUUGGACCAAAACCAAUCAGAAACAGAAGAGUUAGGAGAAUUAGCAGGAGCGAAAAGAUGCCCGCCGACGUAGCGUGUUUCAUCUCGCACUCGCCCGAAUGGAAGGCGUUAACCGCGUCGAUGUUCGACCUCAGUCCGUCCCUUCUCGACAACAAGCCCCAGCGCCAUCGACAUCUUCCAAGGACCAAAUCUUUUGCUCCUUCUCCUAGCGCCAAAGCAACACAGCUGUACAAUACCAUCCAGAUGGCGCUAAACACCCAACAAUCAAAGCCAAAACCAAUUAGAAAAAGUAAAACAACGAAGGAGCGAAAAGUCACGUUUGCUGACGACCACGGAAAACCACUUUGCAAAGAAAAAAUCUUCACAGAGAAACCCGACGAACCAAGCCUCCCCCGACCUUCCGAAAAAGCAGUUCUAGAGCGACUCAGAUUGGCGAUUCCUUCUGAGACCACUCCGAGGCCGAAGACUUUUGAAAUCUGCUUUCCUCAACCAAUGUCGGAUUAUUUAAAAUUCAAGAGAAAAGUUGAUGAGCAAAACGUCUCCCUAGAAAACAUGGUUAUUCGACACCGCACAAUUCUUGGCACUAUAAAGGUUAAAAACAUCGCGUUUGAAAAGAACGUGACAGUCCGUAUCUCAUUCGAUGGCUGGGAGACGUUCAGCGAUGUGGAGGCGACUUAUAUUCGAAACGCUUACGAAGGAGAAUGGACAAAUACGUUCAAAUUCACCACUUCGAUCCCGAAAAACUACGAUUCCACGAAAACAAUCGAGUUCUGCAUCUGCUACGCCGCCAACGACACCGAGUUCUGGGACAACAACGACGGCGAAAACUACCGACUUCUCUGCGUCAACCCUGAAUUGAUCUCUCCGACUGGAGAGGGAUCUCCGCUCCCGGCGUUUCUUCCGGAAAAGAUACCGGCGCCGGCGAAUGAUCAUGUUUUCUACUGA